UCUCCAAACAAUUUCUUCUGCUCGUUUCAAUGGCGUCCCACUUGUUCCCUAGCGCACACAUCCUAUCAAAACCCAAUUCAACAAACACUCGCACAUCUUCUUCUUCCUCCAUUAAAGCUUCUUUAUCCACCAAUUUUAUAUCUCCGUACGUCGGCACCGGUAUUUCCAGCGAUUUCUCCGGCCAUAAGAUCCGACCCGCAUCCCUCAACCCGUCUUCAAGCUCUCAUGGAAAACGCCUCGGUGUUACUAUGGUGAUUCCUUUCUCGAGGGGAAGUGCUUGGGAGCAACCACCUCCGGAUUUAGCAUCUUAUUUGUACAAGAACAGAAUUGUGUAUUUGGGUAUGUCGUUAGUCCCAUCCGUCACGGAACUAAUACUGGCAGAAUUUCUGUACCUACAGUACGAAGAUGACAAAAAACCAAUUUACCUUUACAUAAACUCUACGGGAACAACCAAGGGUGGUGAAAAGUUGGGAUACGAGACAGAGGCUUUUGCAAUUUAUGAUGUUAUGAGAUAUGUGAAGCCGCCGAUUUUUACACUGUGUGUCGGAAAUGCGUGGGGAGAAGCUGCCUUGCUUUUGGCUGCUGGUGCAAAGGGAAACCGUUCGGCCCUGCCCUCGUCAACCAUCAUGAUUAAACAGCCAAUUGCAAGGUUUCAAGGUCAAGCAACAGAUGUUGAAAUUAUGAGAAGAGAAAUAAAGAAUGUGAAAACUGAAUUGGUAAAACUGUAUUCAAAGCACAUUGGCAAGACAGAGGAGCAGAUUGAAGAAGAUAUAAGGCGUCCAAAAUACUUUAGUCCUAGUGAGGCUGUUGAAUACGGAAUCAUUGAUAAGGCUGCUGCGCGCUCUGUUCUGUUCGCUGUCCAGAGUAGGUUUGGGGGAGGCAUUGGAUAACAACCUCCAAGCUCUACAUGUAUGAAAUGCCCCUUGUCGACGAACACAACCGCAACUACCAGGUGAGGUUCCUCAGCUUCGUUUGGGCCGC